GACAAAGGGCAUCGGAAAAACCAGCACAUGCAUGAUGCAACAAAGAAAGAUGAAAUUUUUAUGCUAAAAAACCUCACCUUUUGAAUUAAAAAAAAAAAAGCGCUCCACUAUUCAAUGCUUCCUGGUCACCUAAUACAAUACAAGAAAUUACAGUAUAUAACAAUGGCAGCUCUUCGCAUCAGCUUUUCCCUUUCGGUUUCGGAACCCAAUCAAACACUCCCGAAUCACCCCAAACCAAUCCGAAGUUCCUCUAUACCAAAUGGGUCCAAUUGGGUUUUCUCUAUGCUCCCCAUGUCAAUCCCUCUUCCUCUCUUCUCCCCUGCAUGCAAGAAUAUAUAAAGCCCCAAACUUUGCGCCCAAUGUCAAGAAAUCCGCCCCCAGAAUUACAGCUUCUUGCAUGGAGACGGUGCAGAAAGGUAAAGGUACAACCUUUGGGUUCAAGAAUUUGAUGGCAACGUUCACAGUUAAUGUUCAUAGAGCAGAGGGAAGGCGCCUGAAUGUGCCUUUGAUUGCCCCUUUUACAAUUGCCACAUCAAGGCUUGAUAAAGUGGAGAAUGUGGCAAUCAGGAUUGAGUUGAGUAAUGGGUGUGUGGGGUGGGGUGAGGCUCCAAUUCUUCCAUUUGUGACGGCAGAAGAUCAGCCUACAGCUUUAGCCAAGGCAGAAGAGGCAUGCGAGUUUCUGAGGCAGAGUUCUGGGAAAAGUAUGUGUUUCAUAUUGGGGGAGAUUGGUCAAAUUCUUCCGGGACAUCAAUUUGCUUCUGUAAGAGCUGGAAUUGAGAUGGCAUUGAUUGAUGCAGCUGCAACCAGCACUGGAAUACCUUUGUGGAGACUGUUCGGUGGAGCUUCAAAUACUAUUACCACUGAUAUAACAAUUCCAAUAGUUUCGGCUGCUGAAGCAUCUGAGCUAGCUUCAAAGUAUCGUACUCGAGGAUUUAAAACAUUGAAGCUCAAAGUAGGCAAGAAUCAAUGUGGAGACAUUGAAGUGCUUCAAGCUAUCCGCAAGGCCCACCCAGAUUGCUUGUUCAUCUUAGAUGCAAAUGAAGGCUACACGUCCAAGGAAGCUAUUGAAGUUCUGGAAAAACUACAUGAAAUGGACGUGACUCCUAUCCUUUUCGAGCAACCUGUUCAUAGAGAUGAUUGGGAAGGUCUUGGUCAGGUUACAGCCAUUGCAACAAACAAAUAUGGGGUGUCGGUUGCGGCUGAUGAAAGCUGUCGGAGUUUAGCUGAUGUUCAGAGGAUAGUGAAAGAGAAGCUUGCAGAUGUGGUUAACAUUAAGCUUGCUAAAGUUGGGGUACUCGGUGCUCUAGAAAUAAUUGAGUUUGCAAGGGCAUCUGGAUUGGAUCUGAUGAUUGGUGGUAUGGUUGAGACUAGACUAGGAAUGGGCUUUGCUAGUCAUCUUGCUGCUGGCUUUGGGUGUUUCAAAUUCAUUGAUUUGGAUACACCCCUUCUGUUAGCAGAGGAUCCAGUUCUUGAGGGUUAUGAAGUGUCUGGGCCAAAUUACAAGUUCUCAAAUGCUAGAGGUCAUGGUGGUUACCUUCAUUGGAAAAAUGUUGCAUGAAAAGUGAACUAGUUUUGCUCUCUCUCUUCUCCUGACUGCCAAAGAGCUGUGCUUCUUUGAGAUCCAAAUGCUGCCUAUUUUCAGAAGGUUAGGGCUGGGACAAUCUAUUGAGGAUGGGUUUUCUUACAAAUAACUUGGGGUCCGAGGCAGAGUCCAAAUAUGAAAGUUUCUGUAUGAUGAUGAGUAAUGAACGUGAUCUGCAAGUGCAGAAGAAUCCCUUUUACAUGGAUAGAUCCAGAGACUAUAAUACAGUUGGAGCAGCUUUUUGUUCCUGCAGAUGUUACUCAAAUGCAGAGUACUUUCUGAUGCAGUUCUCAUUUUACUUCAAAUCAUGGAUGAUGCUUUCUAAACUGCCCUGUACAAAUUAUGAUGUCUAUGUAAAAUUUCUUCUAUUAACAUCCUCAUAUAGCAUUUCUUUUCUGUUUGACUA